AUGAAUGAGAAAUCAGAUCCAGCCCAUUUUCGGCCACUCGGGUACUCUGAAAGUACCAAGCUCAUUUACUCGGGAGAAAUCGAGAAUGGUUUGAUGCAUGGCAAAGGAGUUCUUCAAUUUCCGAAUCAUGAGAGGUAUGAGGGAGAUUUUGUUUUUGGUAAGAGAGAAGGACAUGGCAUCUAUUGGUUUUCCAAUGGCUCAAAAUGCGAAGGGCAAUGGCAAAACGAUUCCAUGAAUGGGAGAGGAUCCAUCUGGUAUGCGAAUGGCAACAUGUACAUUGGCGAAAUACGAGAGGGUCAAAUUAAUGGUAAAGGCAUUCUUACUUACUCGGAUGGUGAUAAAUAUGAGGGUGAAUUUGUAAAUGGAAGAAUGAGUGGAUUGGGCACCUACAUGUAUGCAGAUGGUGACAAGUAUGUUGGAGAAUGGAAAGAUGACUUAAGGCACGGCCGUGGUACCAUGAUGUUCUAUUCCAACAACGAGAAGGGUACUGUGUCGGAAACUUAUGAAGGUGAAUGGUUCAUGGGCAAAAUGCAGGGACAAGGAAAAUACAUCUACAACGACGGAAGUGUUUAUAGUGGAGAAUGGGUCGACAACAAGAUGCAUGGCCGAGGAAUUUAUCAUUAUGUGAAUGGAAGCAAAUAUGAGGGAGAAUGGAAGGAAGAUUUGAGGCAUGGACAUGGUUGUUUCACAUACAUUGACGGCAGCUCCUAUGAGGGAUCUUGGAAAAACGACCGAAAAGAAGGAGAAGGAAUUCUCACACUGGCCGACGGUUCCCUGUUCAAAGGAAUGUGGAGGAAUGGUCUCAUUGAUGGGAGUGGAAUCUUUCAACCAGCUCCCAGCUCGGUAUGGAAUAAAUCUGACUUGUAG